AAAAAAAACCACCCUCCAUUUCCAGGAUGUUUCCUUUCUAGGUCGGUUAAAUACCUAUCUAUAUAAACCACAUGCAUUAAGAGGAGGCUCUUCACUUCGAACCAAAAGCCAAACAGCUCCAUAUAUAUAUAUGCAUACCUAAACGCACAUCAUCUUAAUUGGGUAUCAAAGAGGUGCUCGUGGUUUAUAAAGCCUGCCGUGGGAGCCAAGACUAAUUCAGAGAUCCUAGCGGAAACAUUUCGAUAUGGGAUUAACCAAGAUUAAACAUUCCAGUCAUAGCGAACAUUUUCUGUUGUUGAAGUAUCCACGAGAGCCUUAUGAAUGUAACGGAUGCAAAGGACUGGGGCUCGGCCCAUGCUACGAAUGCGAGCACGAAGACUGCAGCUUCUAUCUUCACGAGGAAUGCGCAAAUGCUUCUCCAUCUGCCUUCCAUUCAUUUUCGAAGUGCAGCUUGAGAUUUCACUCCAGAGCCCCGCAAGAGGGUGGAAGAUUCUGUGAUGCUUGUGGACAAGAUGUAUUAGGGUUCGUUUACCAGUGCAGACAUAAGAAGCCACACGAUUACCAUCCCAGCUGUUUAAAGCUCCAGCGUAGCUUAACAGCUGAUGAUGGCACGAGGUUACACCUGAGGGAGAAGCUGCCAUCGAAAUGCUUAAACUGUGGAAGUAGGGAAACUUCGAACGGAAUCAAAGGCUGGUCCUAUGUUUCUUCCUGUGGUCAAUAUUGUUACCAUGUAGCUUGUGUGAAGGGCAUGAUCUUGAAGAAGUGGAAGAAGGGUUAUUUCCUUCAAGAUGGCAACGUGAAUGAGACGGACAAUUACCUAGCACUUCAAAGUGCCAUCCCAAGUAGAGAACUAGAACUCCCAGGUAAGAAAAGUUCAAGCAAGGCCACGAAAACAUGGAUCACAAAGGCAAAGAAAGCUAUUAUGCUUAUUAUUUCUGCUUUGUUUGGAGAUCCUACGACUCUGAUUUCGGUGCUUGUUCAACAGUUGCUCUCCGAUUAAAGCGUAAUACAGGCCUUAUCGAUGAUUUUUCUUUCUUUUUUAGCUAGAAUCUUGUAAUUGAUGCUUGUUUGAGCACCUAUAUAUCUUUGUUUUCGUGUAUAUUGUUUCUCUGUGUAUAUGUUUGUCCUGUAGAUUGUCUUUCUCAAACGGAUCUGAAAAUUAAUAUUGUAAUUAAGUAUCUAUGUAAGAUUUCAAGGAAAGGCUAGCUAAGCAUGCCAUGUAUAAUGUUGUUUUUCAGUGGACA